AUGAGCUGUAUGGACAAUGAAUGGUCAAUCUCGAAAAAAGACAUUCGGAUCCUCUCCUUCGCCAUUCUAUACGUGAUUGCCAGCAUAUUCUGCAUUCUGGUCCUACUAGUUCAGCGUCUUCGCCGUCCAUCACCCUUUAGAUCCUACGCCUACGUACCGCCAGAGAGGCAAAUGAUGGACCCGCCACCUUUUACGCCGUCCGAGAAGUGCGAUCGUGGUGGUAUCGUGGGUAGUGGUGGCGAAGAGCCCGUCGGCAGGACUGCAGCAGUGGGCCUAGGCCUAGUUCAGGGCCACGGCUACGGCGUAGGCUAUCUCAAUGACCCAGCCUCCCAAGGCGUUGGUCCAUUCCCUUCAGCCUGUGAUGUCCUGCAGCCACUUUCCCAGCUGUCUCCCUUACCUUCUAGUGGUUAUCUAGCGGCUGUCCUGGCCCGCGAGCGGAGCCUUUGGACAAAGCAAGCAUCUGGAACCGACAGUCAUCUGGUGCCGUUGUCGCCCGGGUGUGCCGCCUCCGCCCCUGUCCACGACCAUCGUUCAGCUACACCCCCCGCGGUGAGGUUGGAUGAUCGCCUCGGUGACUCGUCAUCUGAAGCGCCAACUCACGAUUCCAUGGUGGUGUCAGAUCCUCAGCGCCAGCCCGGAAUUCCUGCGCCGGUUCAGUGGUAUGCCAACCCUAUUGCUACUAGCCACGAACAGGGGGUCCCCAGUAUCGCAAACCUUAUCGGAUCCCAUCCUUCCCAAAAAUGCGGCUACGCAGUCCAAUUCAUGCACGAUGUAGAUGAGGAGGGUACGCGCUCCUGGCGACGGUUGAUGAUUGAGUACAGCUAG